AUGCUUGUACUAGUUAUUGGUGAUUUUCAUAUUCCUAAUCGGUCACCAAAAUUAUCUGAAAAGUUUCGGCAGCUUUUGAUUCCUGGGAAAAUCAAUCAGAUAAUAUGUUUGGGUAAUCUUACGAGUCCCUCUAUAUACGACUAUUUAAAGCAUGUAUGCGCAGACCUUAAACUGGUGAGAGGAGCCUAUGAUAUAGAUAGCAAGUCGCCGAUUGCUGGAAAGCUGACUUUGGGCUCUUUUAAAGUGGCAUAUACGAGCGGGCAUUUAAUUGUCCCUCAGGACAGUCCUGAAGCUCUAAGUAUACUGGCUAGAGACAUGGAUGCUGAUAUCGUUCUUUAUGGAAACACUCACAAAUUCUCUGCAUUUGAACUGGACAAUUGCUUUUUCGUGAAUCCGGGUUCUGCCACUGGAGCACCAACCGUAUCGGCUGCGAAUGAUGAUACCAAAAUAACACCCAGCUUCGUGCUGAUGGAUGUUCAAGGAGCUGUUCUGAUCUUAUAUGUUUACAGGAUUUUUGAUGGAGAAGUCCGAGUAGAAAAAAUGCAGUAUAGAAAGCCAGAAUAA